AUGUCAGAGAGUAGUGGUUCUUUACUUACUUCCGCAACGGAGGCAGUGAUGAACAAUAAUAAUAUUAAAGCAUUUUUGGACAGCCUUAAUAGUACAUCGAGCACAGAAUCAUUACUACCAGAUAAUACAACAACAACAACACCAUUACCAACACCAACAGCAACACCUGGACCACCUGGUUUCAAAACGAUUCUCAGCCAUGUCUUUAUGAUAUUUUGGAUAUUGGCAGUUGUGCUUGUAGUUCUUACAUCGAUUACACUUAUAUCAAGAGCUGUUCGUCGUUACAAAGUUAAAUCAGACAAUAAGUUAUCACUAAGAACAAGAAUUGAAUUAUAUUUAACAUCAACUGGUAUAAUUAAUUGGAUUGAAGGAGUACAAGUAAUUCUUAGUGUAUUUUCAGUGGGUACAUUUAUAUAUGGUACUUAUCUACCGAAUGUAGGACAACCACCAUUGGCAUAUACAUGGACAGAGUUAUGUUUAACUAUAUUCUUUACGUUGCAUUGGAUGUUGGAUUAUUAUAUUUCAAAAGAUCGUUUGAAAUAUCUGUAUUCAUUCUUCUCGAUUGUCGAUCUUGUAACAGUAUUACCUAUCUAUAUCGAUAUGGUAAGAGGUGUACUAUUCUUGGAACUAAGUACCUUCCAAUUCCUUCGUGUACUACGUACUGUUCGUGUAUUACGUGCAAAUCGUGUAUUACAUAAUUUCAAUGAUACUCAUCCCGAUGGUGCUCAACUCAAAUUCCACCAGACCAUCUACUUUUUGGUUGUUACUCUAACUACCUGUGGUUAUGGUGAUAUUCAUCCAAGUAAUGCUGUCGGCCAACUCACUAUUACCUUUGCAAUCUGUAUUGGUGCCGUUUUGAUUCCAUAUCAAGUAUCAAAGUUACUUGAUAAGUUUAGUGCAUAUUCACCAUAUAAAAGAGAUUUAUCGAAUCGUAAUUUACAUGGUCAUAUCUUACUUUGUGGAGAAAUCAAUUUUACAUCACUCUUGGAGUUCCUUACAGAGUUUUAUUUAGAGAAAUAUGGACAACUUAAAAAGACAAUCGUAAUCUUGAACAACAAUCCACCAUCAGAUCAAUUAAAGAUACUUUUAAUGCAUCCUUUCUAUAAGAAUAGACUUUAUUAUUUAGAAGGUUCACCAAUGCUUGAGAGCGAUUUAAAAAGAGCUAGAUUUGCUUAUACUUCUUCAUGUUUUGUAUUUAGACCUAUGUUUUGGGAAGAGGGUGAUGCAGAUUCAAUUCUUACUGCUCUUGCUAUGAGAAAUAUAAAGUCGAGUGGCAAUAAGAUCUUUACUCAGUUGGUCGAUCAUGAGAGUAAGAACAAGAUCUCUUCAAAUGUAAAUCAUGUAAUGUGUAUUGAAGAUUUUAGAAAUGGUAUUCUAGUUCAAAGUACAUUAUGUCCAGGAUUUGGUACAAUGGUUUGUAAUUUAUUUACAAGUAGACAACCAGAAUCACAUGAAGAAGAGAAAUGGGUAGAGGAAUACGUAAAUGGUAGUGUCAAUUCAAUCUAUAAGAUACCUGUUCCAGCUUCAAUGGUUGGAGAGACUUUGGGUUUCGUUACGGUUACAAUGUAUUCCGGUGCAAAGGCAUUGGUGCUCGGUAUUAUCGAUGACGAUGAACCUGAUUUACCGAAUCCUCAUGUGGUUGGAGCCUCACCACCAUUACCGAUUCCAAACCUCAACCCGGAGCAUCACAAAUGUAAAUUCACAAUCCAUCCACCAUUCUCAACCAUCCUUAAGCACUCAAUGCAUUUGAUUAUCAUUGCACACAGUCCAACUGCUCCAGUUUUCAAACCAAACAUUCCAUCGAUCAUUCGUAAGAUUGAGGAAGAUGAUACUGGUGUAUCUUAUUUUUCAACUUUAUUCAACCGUUUGUUUGCACCCGAAGAGAUAGGACGUUUCACUCAGCUAAAGGAUGACGGUGUUUUAUCGGAAUCAGUACAAUCAUUCUUUUCCUCAACUUUUACUCCGGCGGGUGUAGAGAUGGAAAGUUUCUCGCCAAUCACCCAAUCUCCCACACAGCAUGCCUCACAAUCAAUAUUCGAUCAACCAAGUCAAGAUGUCGUCAACGGUGACAAUAGUAAUAAUAAUAAUAAUAAUCCUGUCAGCUCCCUCUACAGUAACAAUAACAAUGUUAUUAACCUGAGAGACUCUUUGACAAGACAACUUGAGAAGCCAAAUCCAAUAUUAGAGAUGUGUGCUCAAGAGUUUAACAACAAUUGGGAAGAGUUCCUUUGUACUAUCGUCGAAUCAGUUGAUGCUAAGAAAUCACAUUUAGCCUCGAUCGUCGAAGAUCUUGAACCAAUUGUGAGAUCGAUCGAAAAGCAUCAAAACUUGGAUAAUGACGAUCUUUACGAGGAACAAGAAGAAGAAAACAAUUGGAAAGAGCAUAUCAUUAUUUGUGGAUCGGUCAAACGUGUAGAUCUUUUCCUUAGAGGUCUCAGACAAAAGCAUAUUGCCGAUAACAUCAAUAGAUUCUACUUUAUCAAGAAUCACUUGGUAGAUAAUCAAUUUGAACCACCACCCAUUGUCAUUCUUCAUCCAGAGGAGCCAGAUAUGAGUGAAUGGGAUGAUAUCGAAGAUAUCCACUUUGUCAAAGGUUCUCCACUUGAGCGCAAGGAUCUUGAAUACUGCAAAGUACAUUUGGCAGCCAAGAUUAUAGUUCUAUCGGAUCCAUACACUACAAGAUGUGCUUCAACAGUUACCUCUGAAACCAGUGUUCAAUUGGAUGCUGAUACCAUCAUGGCAUAUUUAGAGGUCAAUGAAAUGCUCGUUAGCGCCAACAACAACACUUCAUUCGUCACAGUGGAGUUGGUUCAUGAACCAAACAUCCGUUUCAUCUCCAAGAACAUUAGAUCACAACUCAAUAUUCACAAGAGUAAAUUGAAGCGAGAGAAUGAGGAGAUUGAAAAACCCAACUACUACAUCACCAGUGAAUUUGCCUCUGGUAAGGUACUGACCUUGACAACUCUUGACUCUUUGAUUUGCCAAUCGAAUCACCAAGAAUACUUGUUGGAGAUUGCCCAAGAGCUCGUACUCGGAGUGAAUGGUAUCAAGAGAUACCACAAAAAGAUUCCUCCCAUCAUCGACGAUGACUUUUACAACGAAGAUGAAGAUACUUCUUUUGCUAAAUAUACCGACACUGAAGAAUCAGAGGCAUCCGAUGGAGAGGCAAAGAGAAUCAAAAUGCAAACAAGCACCAACAGUACAACAAGUUUAAACGGCGGUGUUCAUCUACGUAAAAACUUUAGUCGUACCUCUAUGAUCAAGAGUAACAGUGGUAUCAAUUUAAAUUGUCAAUUCUAUCAAGAUUGUCUAUUGAAUCAAAUUAAAGUACCUGACCAAUUCCACGGAAGAACCUAUGGUGAAUUAUUCGAAGGUCUUGUCCAAAAGAAUAUCUUAUCACUUGGGCUUUACAGAUGUAAAGAAAUCACUGGUGCACCAAAUCCCUAUGUUUUUACAUGCCCCCCCUCAACUACUAUUCUACACGAAAAUGAUCUUGUUUAUAUUUUAUAUCGUCAAUUUGAAACAACAAGUGAAAUGAGACACUAA